CAUCAUUCUCACUCAGAUGGCUGCAGGACACGUCUUUGGCAUCGACCAGGUCAGUCAUUAAUGGUGGUGGUGUUGUUGUUUUGUUUUGUGUUUGGCCAUUUUUCAGCCCACACAAUAUGUGUGUUAACUGGUUAACGCAAUCACUUCCCCUGCUCUAAUGAGGAGUACCAGAUUAACAAUGGUGCAACUGGCGAUCUGACACCAGGCCAGAGGUUUAGAGAAGGGGGUGAGGGGCAGGGGGACAGAUGUCCCCGCGCGCCAACACUCUCGCUACGCCUCUGGCACCAGGCCUCCAAAAAGUUAAUCCGGCUCGGCUUAAAUAGGCCUAUGGUAAAAUCACAUUCAAGUCAAAAGAGCAAUAUUCCAUAUUUUAAUUCCAGCAGUUGGUUCCAUUGGUAGUUUUGAUUUGGAGCCAAAUUUAAAUCUGAUAACCUAACUCAGUGGUUAUCCACUUGUGGGUCGCGACCCCUUUGGGGGUCGAACGACCCUUACACAGGGGUCGCCUAAGACCAUCGCAAAAAAACAUAUUCAAGAAGUAGCAUGGAAUAUAAUUGUAUGGUUGGGGGUCGCCACAACACGAGGAAACUUUAUUAAAGGGUCGCCGUAUUAGAAAGGUUGAGAAACACCGAUCUAACUGGGUAUUUUAUCAAUUAAGAUUUUUUUCGAACAAGUUUUGUAUAAGCAUUUUGCAAGUGUUAUUUCAACUCUCGACCUGUUAACAAUGACGUUAAGAUUCCCUCAGCUCAGCACUGAUAUAGAGCCUAAUUUUCAGACUUUUAGAUCCACUGACUUCAUCCAACUCACUUAAGAGUUUUCUGUCUGCGACCCAUUUCUAUAUACCCCGCCCCAACCGAUGUUCUUUCAGAAACUCCAGCUCAUCCUACAAGCCUCAAACCUCGACCAGUUGGAGGAAGUUUGCAUGGAUCUACAUGACUGCGCCUAUCCACUGGUCACAGGUCGGUCACUCAAUAUUUAAACAAAUAAAAAAAAUAAUCAAAACUAUUGUUUAAUUAAUUAGUAUUUGAAAUGCAAUUUCAACGAAUAAAUAUUUAUCCACAUGUUUGUGUUGUUAUUAACUUGAAUGAGUCCACCAGCUGAAAUUUCUUUCUUAAUUUUGUAACUUCAAUCUUAAGUACAUAGAUGUUAUACACGAGUAAAUGACGUCAUAAAUCCACGUCUGUAGAUUGAAAGACACUGACGUUUUAACCAAAAAAAAAAAAAAAUUAUAAUAAAAAAAAAUUAUAAUAGAUGAUGUCUUUUCAGAUGUUUCUGCUCAACUAACGCUCGGUGACGUCACACAAACAUUGGACGCCGUCGUUAUAGUACUGGCCAGUCGGUGCACGGCCGGCACGUCAACGUCGGAGUUCCAAUCUCUGGUGAGCCUGGUGACCUACAUUCACGAC